CGCUACACAUUCUACGUACUCUUCAAACAAUUAAGUAAUUACAAUUUGUUCUCUGGUCGGCCUGUGAUAUCCUUCCCUGCUACAAAAUGGUGACUGUCGAGGAGGUACGGAAGGCGCAACGUGCCCAGGGUCCGGCCACCAUCAUGGCUAUUGGAACCUCUACUCCCCAGAAUUGCGUUGAUCAGAGCACCUAUCCAGAUUAUUAUUUUCGUAUCACCAAUAGCGAGCACCUGGUUGAACUUAAAGAAAAGUUCAAACGCAUGUGUGAAAAAUCAAUGAUCAAGAAGCGGUAUAUGUACUUAACCGAGGAAAUCUUGAAAGAAAAUCCCAACAUUUGUGCAUACAUGGCACCUUCCUUGGAUGCCAGGCAAGAUAUCGUGGUUGUGGAAGUACCAAAACUUGGGAAAGAAGCAGCCCAGAAGGCUAUCAAGGAAUGGGGGCAGCCCAAGUCUAAGAUCACCCAUUUGGUGUUUUGUACCACUAGCGGUGUAGAUAUGCCCGGCGCAGAUUACCAGCUCACAAAGCUUCUCGGCCUCCAACCAUCCGUGAAGAGGUUUAUGAUGUACCAACAAGGCUGCUUCGCCGGCGGCACGGUUAUCCGCCUAGCCAAGGAUCUGGCGGAGAACAACAAAGGCGCCCGCGUGUUGGUGGUUUGCUCAGAGAUCACCGCGGUCACAUUCCGUGGCCCCAGUGAUGCCCACUUGGACAGCCUCGUGGGACAGGCCCUUUUCGGGGACGGGGCCGCCGCGCUGAUCAUAGGCUCAGACCCAGACCCAGACCUCGAAAGGCCAUUAUUCCAGCUUGUCUCCGCCGCCCAAACUAUCCUCCCGGAUAGCGGCGGCGCCAUUGAUGGGCACCUCCGGGAAGUUGGGCUAACCUUCCAUUUACUCAAAGACGUUCCUGGGCUCAUAUCAAAGCACAUUGAGAAAAGCUUAAACGAGGCGUUUCAACCUCUGGGUAUUCAUGAUUGGAACUCCCUUUUCUGGAUCGCUCAUCCCGGCGGGCCGGCCAUUCUUGACCAAGUGGAAGAAAAGCUAGAGCUCAAGCCGGAGAAACUUCGUGCGACAAGGCACGUGUUGAGUGAAUAUGGGAACAUGUCUAGUGCAUGUGUGUUGUUCAUUUUGGAUGAAAUGAGGAAGGCGUCCUCAAAGGAAGGGCUUAACACCACAGGUGAAGGGCUUGAGUGGGGAGUGCUGUUUGGAUUUGGGCCUGGCUUGACCGUUGAGACCGUUGUUCUUCAUAGUGUUUCAGCUUAAUAUAUUAUUAUAUAUAUGGAUAUAUGUGUUUUGAAUUGGGUUUCCAUGGCACGUGGAUUGUUUCCAUGGCACGUGGAUUGUGUUUUAUUAUGUCUAAAUGGUGUCUAAAACAUGUGUAAUAAUGCUAAAUAAUGUUUAUGUAUACCUGCAGGCCAUGCCAGCCAUUACAUU